AUGGGCACUGGGAACUGGAGCCAAGUAACAGAGUUCAUCAUUUUGGGCUUCCCUUAUCUUCAAGGUGUCCAGACGUACCUCUUUUUCCUGUUGCUUGCCAUUUACCUCACUACUAUAUUAGGGAACCUGAUGAUAUUCUUGGUGGUCCACUUGGACUCUCGGCUCCACACACCCAUGUACAAGUUUGUCAGCAUUCUCUCCUUCUUGGAGCUGGGCUAUACAGCAGCCACCAUUCCUAAGAUGCUGGCGAACUUGCUGAGUGAGAAGAAGACAAUUUCCUUCUCUGGAUGUCUCCUGCAGAUCUAUUUCUUUCACUCUCUUGGAGCUACUGAAUGCUACCUCCUGACAGCAAUGGCGUAUGACAGGUACUUAGCCAUCUGCAGGCCCCUCCACUAUCCCACCCUCAUGAGCCAGAGGCUCUGUACCAAGAUUGCCAUUGGUUGCUGGUUGGGAGGCUUGGCCGGGCCAGUGGUGGAAAUUUCCUUGGUGUCUCGGCUCCCUUUCUGUGGCCCCAAUCACAUUCAGCACAUCUUUUGUGAUUUCCCUCCUGUGCUGAGCUUGGCUUGUACUGACACAUCAGUCAACGUCCUGGUGGAUUUUAUUAUAAACUCCUGCAAGAUCCUGGCCACCUUCCUCCUGAUCCUCAGCUCGUACCUUCAGAUAAUCCGCACAGUGCUCAGAAUUCCUUCAGCGACAGGCAAGAAGAAGGCCUUCUCCACAUGCGCCUCCCAUCUCACCGUGGUUCUCAUCUUCUACGGGAGCAUCCUUUUCAUGUACGUGCGGCUGAAGAAAAGUUACUCUCUUGACUAUGACCGAGCCUUGGCAGUAGUCUACUCUGUGGUUACCCCCUUCCUCAACCCUUUCAUCUAUAGUUUGCGUAACAAGGAAAUUAAGGAGGCCCUGAAGAGGCAGCUAGUGAGAACAGGGAUGCUGGGGUGA